CCACUAUAUCCUGUUACAGUUAAAACACAGCCAUGGACCCCGAGUAUUUCCAAUGUUAUCACUUCUGCUGUCAACCCUAACACCACCCUCAUUCACCCCCACACACCUGCACUCCUCAGAGCAGGACUAUAGAAUAUUUGAAAUUCUGCUCAGCAGAAGAUGAGUAAAGAUACAAGACUUGUCUUUGCUCAUCUUCUGCUGACACCUACAUAGCUUCCUGUCACACAUUCCACUUUGUUUCCUGAUGACCUCCUAUUAAACUACAACAGCGAACCAGACAGAAUCAAUAUCCAACGAUAUGUGCUGGGGCACCCUUGGAACGGUGCGACCCUUCUCCAAUUUCCACUCUGACGUGGAUGCCAUGGAGAUCCAGAAAUCGUUGGAAAAGAAAGAUGCAGGGACUCUGGUCAGAAUCCUGACCAAUCGGACCAACGCUCAGAGACAAGAGAUUGCCAAGGCCUUUGAGGAAUUGACACAAAAGGACCUCGCAGCGGCUUUGAAGAAGGCUCUGUCUGGAGAGCUUGAGGAUCUCCUGCUGGAGCUGCUGAUGCCUCCUCUGCAGUACGAGGCCUAUUGCCUGCAACAGGCCAUGGUGGGUAUAGGAACAGAUGAGGAAACACUACUGGAGAUCCUCUGUACACGAUCUGGGAUGGUGCUUCAAGAAAUCAGUGCUGCAUACAAAGAAAUUUAUAAGAAGGACCUGGAUAAGGAACUGAAAGGAGAAUCCAGUGGAGACUUUGCCAAGCUUCUUAUGGCUUUGUUGAAUAAAGAAGAGCUUGCUGGAGGGGUUCAAAGAGAUAUUGAGGCUCUCUCAGCCACACUGAAUGGGAAAAAAGCAGAUGCAGGACCAUGGAUUGACAUACUAACCUCUCGAGACGCAGACCAUCUUAAUAAAGUGCUGAUGGGGCUGGAGCUGGAUAUUGGGCAGAUGGUGGAUCAAGCCCUGGAGAAAAAGUUUUCAGGAGACAUUCGACUGGGUUUGAAAGUUUUGGUAGAAUGCAUUCAAAGCCCUGAAGGCUACCUCGCCAAGAGACUAGCUACCUCCAAGACACCAAUAUUGCAGAGGAUAAUGGUGUCUCACUCUGAGGAAAAUCUGCUGUGUAUCAGAGCAGCCUACCUCAAGUUAACAGGCACGUCCCUCUACACCGCUCUACAGAAACAGUUCAAAGGAGAUCAUCUACAGGCUCUGCUGGCCAUCUGUCGAUCUGAAGAUUAAACACAAGCUACUACAUUUUUUAGAAUGUCAUUUACAUAGUUGUUUUUCCCCCUGAAUCAGUACAAGGCAAUGUAAAAAUAAACGUAAUGUAAAGAA